GAGGUUCUUCGUGCUUCCUUAUCUUCUUCUUCGUUGAGCUUUAAACUCUUAUUACUCUGUAAUCUGUUGAUUCUCGUUGGAGAUUCAAAGCGGAAACAGAGAUAAAGGAAAAGACUUUAGAGCUGUUUAAGUGAAUAGCAGUAUUUGUUGAAAAUGGAGAAGCUCUUCAUACCAUCAUUUCCCAAAACUUGUUUGAAUUAUCAGGUCCCAGCAAAGGUUGAGAAUUCUCCUGACGUUAAUCCAAAAUCCAGAAAGAAAAAUCUAUCUUUCAUGAAGAAGAAAGAACCCAAUAUCAUCCCUGACGAGCAAUUGGAUUAUCUGUGUAGAAAUGGAAGUCUGCUCGAAGCUGAGAAAGCUCUCGACUCGUUGUUUCAACAAGGAUCCAAGGUAAAACGAAGCACUUACCUCAACUUGUUGGAGGCGUGCAUUGAUUCUGGUUCUAUCCAUUUGGGUCGUAUCCUUCAUGCUCGGUUCGGUCUGUUUCCUGAACCUGACGUCUUUGUGGAGACUAAGCUGUUGAGCAUGUAUGCUAAAUGUGGGUGCCUUGUUGAUGCCCGUAAGGUGUUUGAUUCUAUGCGUGAGAGAAACCUUUAUACAUGGUCUGCCAUGAUUGGUGCUUACUCGAGGGAGAAUCGGUGGAGAGAAGUCUCUAACCUCUUUCAUUCGAUGAUGGAAGAUGGAGUUUUGCCUGAUGCUUUCUUGUUCCCCAAGAUAUUACAGGGAUGUGCCAAUUGUGGAGAUGUUGAGACUGGGAAGUUGAUUCAUUCGGUGGUCAUAAAACUCGGGAUGAGUUCGUGUCUUCGUGUUAGUAACUCUAUUUUAGCUGUGUAUGCAAAAUGUGGUGACUUGGAUUCCGCUACAAAGUUUUUUAGACGCAUGAAGGAGAGAGAUGUGGUUGCUUGGAACUCUGUACUGUUAGCUUACUGCCAAAAUGGUAAACAUGAAGAAGCUGUACGGUUGGUAGAAGAGAUGGAAAAAGAAGGAAUAGCGCCAGGGUUAGUUACUUGGAACAUAUUGAUUGGGGGUUAUAACCAGCUAGGCAAAUGUGAAGAUGCAAUGAAUUUGAUGCAGAAGAUGGAGAGGUUUGGUUUAACUGCUGACGUGUUUACUUGGACAGCUAUGAUUUCGGGCUUGAUUCAUAAUGGGAUGAGGUUUCAGGCACUAGACAUGUUUAGGAAGAUGUUUUUAGCAGGUGUAGUGCCGAAUGGAGUCACUAUUAUGAGUGCUGUAUCGGCUUGUUCAUGUUUAAAAGUUCUAAACCUGGGCUCAGAAGUUCACUCUGUUGCUGUGAAGAUGGGUUUUAUCGAUGAUGUGCUUGUGGGGAAUUCUCUGGUUGAUAUGUAUUCGAAGUGUGGAGAACUGGAAGAUGCAAGAAAAGUUUUUGAUUCGGUAAAGAAUAAGGAUGUAUAUACUUGGAACUCGAUGAUAACUGGGUAUUGCCAAGCAGGCUAUUGUGGCAAGGCUUAUGAAUUGUUUACAAAGAUGCAAGAUGCAAAUGUAAGACCAAAUAUUAUCACAUGGAACACGAUGAUCUCAGGAUAUAUUAAGAAUGGAGACGAGGGUGAGGCUAUGGACUUAUUUCAGAGGAUGGAAAAAGAUGGAAAAGUUCAGCGGAAUACUGCAUCAUGGAACCUAAUUAUUGCUGGUUACAUACAAAACGGUAAAAAGGACGAGGCCUUGGAACUUUUUCGAAAAAUGCAGUUCUCUCGUUUCAUGCCAAAUUCAGUUACAAUUCUAAGCCUCUUACCUGCUUGUGCAAAUCUUCUUGGGGCCAAAAUGGUAAGAGAGAUACACGGUUGUGUAUUGCGGAGAAACCUAGAUGCUAUCCAUGCUGUUAAAAACGCUUUAACAGAUACUUACGCUAAGUCAGGGGAUAUAGGAUACUCAAGAAGCAUCUUCAAGGGUAUGGAAACGAAAGAUAUCAUAACUUGGAACUCGCUGAUUGGAGGUUAUGUUUUACAUGGUAAAUAUGGUCCAGCUCUUGAUCUUUUUAAUCAAAUGAAGACACAGGGUAUCAAGCCAAACAGGGGAACUCUUUCAAGUAUUAUCCUUGCGCACGGUUUAAUGGGAAAUGUAGUUGAAGGAAAGAAAGUCUUCCACAGCAUUGCGAAUGAUUACCAUAUUAUUCCUGCUCUGGAACAUUGUUCUGCUAUGGUAUCUUUGUACGGUCGAUCCAACAGACUUGAAGAAGCUCUGCAGUUUAUCCAGGAGAUGAAUAUUCAAUCAGAGACACCCAUCUGGGAAAGUUUCUUAACUGGCUGCAGGAUUCAUGGUGAUAUUGACAUGGCAAUCCACGCAGCAGAGAACUUAUUCUCCUUGGAACCUGAAAAUCCGGUCUCUGAAAAUAUGGUUUCGCAGAUCUAUGCAUUAGGUGCAAAACUUGGGAGAUCACUAGAAGGAAAGAAGCCUAGGAGAGAGAACUUGCUGAAGAAACCUCUUGGGCAGAGCUGGAUUGAAGUCAGAAAUUUAAUUCAUACAUUUACGACAGGUGAUCGGUCGAAAUUAUGUACCGAUGUGCUGUAUCCCUGUGUGGAAAAAAUGUGUAGGCUUGAUAAUAGAAGUGACCAAUAUAAUGGAGAACUUUUGAUUGAUGAAGAGGGAAGGGAAGCAAGUUGUGGAAUCCACAGCGAAAAGCUUGCCAUGGCGUUUGGUCUCAUUUCCUCAUCGCGUGCACCUAAGACAACGAUAAGGAUCAUAAAAAAUCUUAGGAUGUGCCGAGAUUGCCAUAAUACUGCAAAGUACGUCUCUAGGAGAUAUGACUGUGACAUUUUGUUGGACGACACAAAAUGCUUACACCACUUUAAGAAUGGAGAUUGUUCCUGUAAAGAUUAUUGGUAGAGUGAUUAACCAACCGCUA